UGGGACAAAGUAUCCGCGUCACCAGAGCUCUUUGACGAAGAGACAGAUUCGGAAAUGCUACUGCCAGAUGCAGUGGGGAAGAAGCACCAGGAACUAGCAGCCGACGUCGCUAAAGUUCUCGGAGGGGCAUGCCUGAGCUCCUUAUUUCGGUUGACGGGUGCGAAUUACUCUCUCAAGUUGGAGAAUAUUGUGGGAAUGGUGGCACGGGACCGAAUGCUGAAUGACCUCAUCAUCGACUUCUGCCUUCGCCUAAACUGCAGCUCGCUAGGCGACUGCUACGCCAUGAACUCGUUUGCACUAUCGCUUAGCUACACGAAGACACCGGACAUUCGAAUCUCAAGCAUGCACUACGUUGUGAUGCCUGUUCACCUGCCGCCUAUUCAUUGGGGGAUCUCAGCAUCGCGCUGGGUGCGAUGCCCGGUGAGUGGGAAGAGGCUUGCUAGUCGUAACCCCCCACUACAGGGGAUCAUAAUAGUCCGUCUCUCCUACCAGCAAGAUGUGCCCUCCAUGACACCCCGCUGUGCAGCUCGUCCCAUCGAGCCACCAUGGAAGAUGCUUACAACGAGACUGGCUAAGUUUAUACGUGACUGGCACACAGCCACGAUGUCGCUGGUUGAUCAUCCCGUUGAGGAGAGCAGCGUGUGGCUCGAAGGGCCAAAGCAGCCUGAUGGUACGUCAUGUGGUGUGCUGUGUAUCGCUCAGGCGUACGCCAUUUUGAAGGAUAGCUCUCGUUUUGUGCGAGCUGUUAUUUCACGGGAUGAUGUUGCUGUCAUGCGUCUACGCGUCAUGUGGAUGAUUAUCAUGCAGCCUGAUGAGAGUACAACGUCAAACAAGGUCGCUGAAGCUGUCCAGUCAACCGACGUCGAGCUCAUUGCAACGAUCACGACACAAAGACCACAGUAA